AUGGCCUACACUACGGCAACCUCACCCCCGGCUCUGGAGGCCAACGCCCAAGCCAGCUUAAAACUCGCAACCUCUCUCCCUCGAUCUACCUCUCUACAUCAUGUCGUUAGCUCUCUACCUUCUGGUCCGACCCCCUCUUAUGCGCCUUCCUUCAGCUCUUCACCUACCUCGACUCCUACCUCCGUCUGUCCAGCGCCAGGUACACCUAAUGCGUUCACCCCCGUCGGCACUCCUCUUCAACCUCCCAGCGAGGGACCGCGCGGUCGAAACUACUCCCUCCCUAACCCCGCCCCACUCGAACUGGGCGAGUCCAUGAUGGCGGUCCCCCAAACCAUAAACCCCAACUCCAAUGGGGUCAAUGACCCUACUGUCUCUACUUCCAAGGCUCCUGGCUUGAUGCGAAGAAUCUCGCGAGGUGCUGCCAACAAAUUGACACGGAGGAGGCAGUCCGCCUCGCAAAACGACAAGCGAGAUCGGAGCUCCGGACCCGUCAUCAUGCGCCGGCGGAGUGAGAGCAAGAACAGUUCCCAGCCUACUGUCCGGGAUACUGCGUUGGAUUCUAGCAACGAGGAUGACGGCAAUGAAGUCUUGGACGGCCUGGGGGCCUGGGCUGGCUCCGAGCCCUCGAGCCUUCGUAGCGAGAGCCGUAUGAUGUCGGCCCGCGAACUGGUUGCCACGGCCGGUGUUGCUGUCGCUCCCAAGGUGGACUCCGCCGUGCAGCGCGGAACCGUGUUAACCAAAGUGACGAAGAAACACCGCAAGCAGGUUCGUUUCUUUUUGGAUCUGGACGCCGCCAAGGUCUUCUGGGAUGUCUCAAACCCUGCGAAGCGGUUUUAUAUAGACGAUAUCAAGGAGAUCCGUGUUGGCGCCGAUGCUCGUAACUACCGUGAAGAGCACCAGGUUCCCGAGGAUGCAGAGAGUCGAUGGUUCACCAUCGUAAUUGCGGACUCUGAGCGAUUCAAGGGCCGCGCCGUCAAGACCCUGCAUUUGAUUGCUCCUAACGACCACAUCCUCGAUCUGUGGACCACCACUCUCGAACACAUCUCUCGGUAUCGAAUUGGCCUCAUGGCUGGUCUGGCGGCCUCGGAGCAGAGUGACGCCGUUCUUCACGCGCACUGGCAGCGCGAAAUGUUGAGGCUGUUCCCACAGGGCCUUCGCCCUGCUGAUGAGCAAAGUCUUGAUUUCACUGCCGUCGAGAGCGUCUGCCGCAGCCUGCACAUCAACUGCUCCAAGAACAUGCUUCGAGCUCAAUUCUCCAAGGCCGACGCUGGUCGAAAGGGAAAGUUGGAUUUUUCUGAGUUCAAAGACUUCCUGGCGCGUCUGAAGGAGCGGAAAGAUGUCAAGGAAAUUUACAAAAGUCGCGCCAGGGACCACAAGAUUGGUCUGACCCAAGAAGAGUUCUUGGACUUCUUACGCGAUGUGCAGAAAGAGGAUGUUGAUGCCGAUCGCGCGCAUUGGGUCGCGUUGUUCGAUAAGUUUGUCAAGAGAUCGAGACCUCGUUUGUCUAACUCUUCCGAUGCGCCGGACACCAACACCCCUGCUCCCCGGAUGAAUCUUGACACAUUUUCUGCCUUCUUAGCUUCGCCCAGCAAUGGAGUUUAUGCGUCCAAGGCUCCCCAGUCGAGAUUUGACCGGCCGCUGAAUGAGUACUUCAUUUCCAGCUCCCACAACACCUACUUGCUGGGCCGCCAGGUUGCUGGAGCUUCGAGUACCGAGGCUUAUAUUAGCGCACUCCAGCAGGGAUGCCGUUGUGUGGAGAUUGACUGCUGGGAUGGUGCUGACGGGCGUCCAAUUGUGUCUCACGGGCGGACCAUGACCACUAGCGUCCUUUUCGCGGAUUGCAUCACUGUCAUCAACCGAUACGCCUUCAUCUCGUGCGAUUUCCCUCUCAUCCUCUCUCUCGAAGUGCAUUGCAACCCCGAGCAGCAGCUGGCAAUGGUCAAAAUCAUGAAGGAUACUUUCAAGGAGCAGCUUAUCCUCGAGCCCCUGAUGACCAACUGUUUCAUCCUUCCCUCACCAGAGGAGUUGAAGGGCCGAAUUUUGGUCAAGGUCAAGACCUGUGACGAAACUCUACUUGACGCUCGCCAGGAUAGCAUGAGCUCUGUCAGCACUCAUGGUCGCAAGCGCAGCGCCAGCUCGCCGUUCAUUCGUCCAACUCCCCCUCCCGACAUGACUUCUUCCAACAGCACCACCCCGCUCCCAUUGCUCUCGAGGCCACCUACGAUUAGUUCUGUCGAUGGCAUCGGCCCUCUCAUCUCCCACGAUAGACGCUCGCUUACUGCGACCAGCAUGAGCAGCGCUACGGAAGACAGUGACGGGGCCCUGGUGUCCAUUCAUAACGAGAAGAAGAAGCGUCGCCGCCAGAAAAGCAAGAUCACGAAGCCCCUCUCCGACUUGGGUAUCUAUACCCGCGGCUACAAGUGGCACAGCUUUUCCUCUCCAGAAAGCAGGAAGUACAACCACGUUUACUCGUUCGCUGAACGCUCCUUCGAGAGCAUCUGCCAAAACCACGACAACAAGGUUUCCCUCGAAGCGCACAACCGGAAGUAUCUCACCCGCGUGUAUCCCUCGGGCUUCCGCCUCCGCUCUUCCAACUUCGACCCGAACAAGUUCUGGCGCCGCGGUGUCCAGAUGGCGGCCCUUAACUGGCAGACCUACGACAUUGGCAUGCAGAUGAACCAGGCUAUGUUCGCAGCUGGUUCUGAUCGUACUGGUUACGUCCUCAAGCCGGAGAGCCUCCGUCUCCCGAUGCUAGAGCACGAGGGCCCGAAGCGGAAGAUGGAGCGGAGGCUGGUUCGGUUCGCGGUCGACGUCAUCUCAGCGCAACAGCUCCCGCGUCCUCGCACUCUGGGCCCCGAGGACAGCAUUAAUCCCUAUGUGGAGAUCGAGAUGUUCAGCGCUGAUGACCGUGGUCAAAGUUUGGUCUUUGGCGAGGGCGGCAUGAAUGCUUCUGCACGAAACGGUGUGUCCGGCAUUGGAUAUCCGCACCGCCGCCGCACCAAGAUUGAGCAGAGCAACGGCUACAGCCCUGUCUUUAAUGACCGUUUCAAGCUUUCCCUGGAGACCAAGUACCCUGAUCUUGUCUUCGUGCGGUGGACUGUCUGGAGCUCCCUGGAUGGCCGCAGCGCUGGCAACAGCAACAGCGUGCAGCUAGCCACAUUCACUGCCAAGCUCACCAGUCUGUCCCAAGGUUAUCGCUAUCUGCCUCUGUACGAUGGUAGCGGUGACCAGUACCUGUUUUCGACGCUGUUCUGUCGCAUCUCCAAGGAGGAGCCUGUCCCAGCCCAGCGUCUGGACUUGGAUCAGCUCCGCGCUGAGCGCAUGGGCAUCCUGCGACAGAUUGGCCAGACUGUCUUCAAGCGUGCGUCAUCCACCGACCGCGAAAAGGAUCAGUUCCAAGAUCGGAGUGAGCCUGUCAGUCCUGAAGACAAGGAUAGCUCUCCAAACCUCACCCCAACCAUCUCCACCACGUCUACCUCUUCAUUCCUACAAUGA